CUCCUUGUGUUCACAAACAACAUCACACCCCUUUUCUCUCUCUCUCUCUCUCUGUCUCACAGUCUCUCCCACUUGCACUAGCAAAAAAUAAGGCCAAACACCCCCUUUUCCUCUUGUUUGUUCCUACAUACCUGAAGUGUUGUCAUGAACAUAUUUUCAUCCUAAACAGUUCUUGUUGUGUUAUUCGUUAUCCUUAAAGAUGUCAUCACAAGUAGAGCUAAGCAUGGAUUACAAGCCCUACAGCUACUCCACACUGCUGAAAUCAUAUGCAGAUGAAACUGAAACUGAUCAGACCCACAAGCUCGAAGAGUUCCUCUCUCGCUUAGAGGAAGAGCGUGUCAAGAUUGAUGCCUUCAAGCGCGAGCUUCCUCUCUGCAUGCAACUCCUAACCAACGCCGUGGAGGCUUCAAGACAGCAACUACAAGCCUUCAGAUCGAACCAAGGAACAAGGCCAGUUCUGGAAGAAUUCAUGCCAAUAAAGCAUCCAAACUCUCAAGAAAGCACUGAAAAAACAUCAAACAUAUCUGACAAGGCGAAUUGGAUGACAUCAGCUCAACUAUGGAGCCAAGCAAGCGAAGGAACCAAACCACAAUCCACAAUUACAUCACCAAAAAACGGUGCUGAUAUGGGCUUUAGCGUGAGCCCUAAUCCAGCCCUAGACAACAAACAUAGGAAUGGGGGAGCCUUUUUACCAUUCUCAAAAGAACGAAACUCGUGCCAAGGAUUAAGGGAUCUUCCUGAGGUGGCCCUUGCCUCUUCUGAGAAAGAAAUGGAGAAGAAGUGUGAAUUAGAGUCAGAGAAAUGUUCCAAAAGGGAAAAUUCAGGCAAAGGAUCAGGGAGUUGUGAAGGGGUUGUAGAUCAGGGAAAAAGUGCUUCAGUUGCAUCUGAGGCACAAACAACAAAUACUACCAUCACCACCACAACUAACAACACUACUGGCCAAACUCAUAGGAAAGCAAGAAGGUGUUGGUCACCGGAUUUGCACCGUCGAUUUGUUAAUGCUCUUCAAAUGCUCGGUGGAUCUCAAGUGGCCACCCCAAAACAGAUUAGGGAGCUGAUGAAGGUUGACGGUUUGACCAAUGAUGAAGUUAAAAGCCAUCUCCAGAAAUAUAGGCUUCACACUAGAAGACCUAGUCCAAGCCUACAAACCGGAGCCCCAACACCCCAGCUAGUAGUCUUUGGAGGAAUUUGGGUGCCACCGGAGUAUGCCAGGGCUGCAGCACACUCUGGUGGCCCCACCCUCUGUGGCCCACAUCCUACCUCACAUGUGCCACCUCCACACUACUGUGCACCCACCCCAAUGCCCCAAGAGUUCUAUAACUCGGCUCCGUCACUGUCCUUACCGUCACCAGCACAUGAAAACAUCCUUCACCACCACCAUUUUCACAUGUACAAGACAGCACCACAGACCCGAAGCUCUCCAGUGUCUGAUGUUCGGAGCGGUGGCGACCGGUCGGAGACCAUUGAGGAUGGGAAGUCGGAGAGUGGUAGCUGGAAAGCAGAGAAUGGAGAGAAGAAAGGGUUGGCAGCACUAAGAGAUCAAGAAGGGGAUGAGAGCACUGGAAGUGAGAUUACUCUUAAAUUCUAGGGCUUAUGUGAUCACUAUGAGAAUUAUUUUUAGGACUAGCUAGGGUUUCUUAUUUUGAUUUUCUUUUAUUAACCUUGCAUGAUAGCAUGCAUCCCAUGUUCAAUUAGUCAUUUAACAGAGUGGAGGGAAGUAACCACAAAGGAGAAGAUAUCCUCAUAAAUUUGAACUUUUCAGAGAAAUAUCUGUUUGUAUUGUAAACAAGGGAUUGGUGAAGGUAAGGGCAUAAAGUGUGCGUCUGUUUUGUUUUGCUUUGUGUGAAUACGUGAUGUUAACAACAUAAUAUGAGAGGAAGAAUUUCGUUCUA